AGCAGGGUGCAGGCUGCUGGGGUUUUGGCCUGGCGAGAUGAGAUGGUGGGUAGAGAUCAGCGGCAUGAUUAAUCUCCGCCGCUUGUCUGUCUCUUCCGUCUCUCUCUUCUCUACCCUCUGCCCAAGACUGGGAUCGACAGGGUGGGGGCCCAAGGCCACAUGAAGCAUCCUUUCUCUCUCUCUCUCUCUCGCUCUCUCUCCCCCUCGCUCUCUGCGUUCCCUCCAACUAAAACCCAAACCCUCUUUUCCGACGUCUGCCUGCCUCGUCCUUGCAGCUGUUCCUCAACUAGCUUGUGCUCCUCUUCCUCUGUGCUGAAACAAUGUGAUGGCUGGGGAUCGCAAGCCUGUGUCUGGUCUCCUGGCUCCGAGAUAAAGGAAGAGCCCAUUUUCUUCGCCUGUGUUGUUGUUGAUCCGCUUGGGAUCCAAGCAUCACGAGCACUUGCCUCCCCUUCCCUUGCUUCUUGUGUUGGUUUUUAUUCCGAGGUCUGCGGUGGUUGUUCAAGAGCUGAGGUGGUGGUGUUUGGUGAUGGAAUUCUGCAACUUGGAUGGCCAAACCUUUUCGAAGCGGCAGCGGAUGCUACCAGUUCAGCAGCAGGAGGGAAACAAGUGGCAAGAGGAAGCAGAGAGAAACAAGAUCUAGUAGCAGUAGCCAAAAGCUCGUAAGAUCCAAAACUGGAACAGGGAAGCAAGGAGAGGGAGAAGGAUCUGGAUCCGCGAAGGGCUCUCUAUCUUCCAAAUUCAGCAGACCCAAAAGAAAGCGAAAGAGGAGGAGGAAGAGGAAUAGGAGGAGUAGAGCCACGAGAACUCGAACAAGGUGAAGAAGAAGAAGAAGACGAAGAAGAAGAAGCACGGUCCCUUCAAGGAUUCCAGCUUCAUCAAAUCCACCACCAUAACAGGAGCUCUUAUUUCUUUUCUUCUUCUUCAGCUGCCACGGCUUCCUCCUCCGAGUAUGCACGCCUUCCCGAGGGGAUGGGGGAGGGACACAACCAUCGCAGCCUCGGCUACAACCAGCUUUCUCUCCACCACCACCACCAUCAGCAGCAGCAGCGGCCGCAGCCGCGUCCAAGGCACGGUGGCGGGAUGAGGGGCGGCGUAAUCGGGGAGAUCGUGGAGGUUCAGGGAGGCCACAUUGUGCGGUCCACCGGCCGCAAGGACCGCCACAGCAAGGUGUGCACCGCCAAGGGCCCCCGCGACCGUCGCGUCCGCCUCGCCGCCCACACCGCCAUCCAGUUCUACGACGUCCAGGACCGCCUCGGCUACGACCGCCCCAGCAAGGCCGUCGACUGGCUCAUCAAGAACGCCAAGGCCGCCAUCGACCAGCUCGCGGAGCUCCCUCCCUGGAGCCCCUCCGCUACCAUCGUCGCCGCCCACGCUGCGUCUUCCUCCCGUCCUCCUCCUCCGCCUUCCAGUCAGUCCCUCUCGACCGAGCAGGGCGCUGGGGAGCCAGGCAAGGGACCAAUUGCAGCAGCUGAAUCAGUUGUCUCUGCUCGUUUUGGCUUCGGCGGCGGCAACGAAAGUCCGAGUUUUCUGCCACCAUCUUUGGACACCGACUCCAUCGCUGAUACUAUAAAGUUGUUCUUCCCAGUGGCGGCGGCGGCUGCUGCUGCGACUUCACCAUCUUCCAGCCCUUCCGUUGGAUUCCAGACCUACUCGCCGGACGUGCCGUCGCGAACCAGUAGCCAAGUUAAGGACCUCCGUCUAUCCCUCCAAUCCUUCCAAGACCCGAUCUUUCCCAAUCCUGAAUCCGGCCACCAUCACCACCACCACCUCCAAUAUCAUCAGAGCCCAGCUCCUCCCACGCACAAUGCUCACUUCCCGAGCUCCGGGCAGAUCGCCUUCGAUGCUGGCCCAGCCGGCUGGGCCGAACAGGGCCAGCGGAUUGUUCCAUGGAAUGUGGUGGAUUCGAGCGGCGGCGGCGGAGGCUACGUGUUCAGCUUUCCACCACCGCAGGCGGUGCCGCUGCACUCUGUGCUCGGCCAAAGGCAGUUUUUCUGUCAGAGGGGACCCCUUCAGUCCAGUAACUCGCCCGCGAUCCGUGCUUGGGCCGACCCUGUCGACGCCACAACCGAUCACCGGAUGCAACCUGCGCUCCAUCCAUCAAUAUCGACGAUUGGAUUCACAUCCGGCGCCGGUUUCUCAGGGUUCCGCAUCCCGGCACGUUUCCAGGGUGAAGAGGAGCACGACGGCAUCACCAGCAAGCCGCCCUCUGCUUCUCGCAAUUGAUCAGAGGAGAAGUGAUCACCACCAAUCUUUGACCACCCCGGAUUGCCUGGUUUCUGCGGAUGAGGGUGAUGCUAGGAGCAACGCUGCCCGUUCCUAUCUACAAGCCAUCUGCUUUGAUUCCCCGAGGUUGGUUGGUGCUUCUCUUCUCUCCGUCACUCGGUUUCUGCUUCGACGGGCUUCGAAGCCUGCUCUGUUGUUCUAUCACGAGUACUUGCAGUUGUUGUUGUCGUUGUGGUAGUCGUCACCGUUGAGUUUGCUUAUCGCAUGUUCUUCUUUCUUUCCUUACGGAAUGCAAGUGUCUGGAAACGCCUGUGGGAAUGUGUUUCUGCUUCAACUUUCAGGAAUAAACUCUGUAGUUUUCCGAUUGGGAUUA